AAUAAUGGGUAAAUGUUUGGAAUGCCUGGUUUGCACUAAGAUUGUCAAACGGCCCGGAUACAACAACAUAUUCAAAAGUACAUUUUGCUCCUGGGAAACCAGAAUUCCAUGGACCUAGAGGGUUUCAGACUGCAAAACUUUCAUUUUCAAUAUCGUUGCUUCGUAGCAACCUAAUGUGCAAAAGAAACAUAGCCUAACUGAACCAAACAUAUCUCGAUAACAGUUAUAUAUAUUGUAAUGAGAAGUGUGUGCCUGUAACUAAAGUGCUUAGUGUCCCAGUGCGCGCGCGUGUGUUUGUGUGCGUGUGUGUGUCCGACUUGGCGCUCGUUCGUGAGUGCGAUAUGGAAGGUGGGUGGACUCGUGAUUUGACCGGACGCAAGCACCGAGUGUGCCUACGUGUGUGUAGGGGGCGGGGCUCGAGGAGGCCACACUGUAAUCGGUGUGUUGGGCUCGCGGCGUAAAGUCAGCCUUCACUUUACGUCAUUCCUUUUCAGGGGCAGCUGCGGGUCCAUUGGUGGACGUUGCUCAGCUUUUUAUAUCACUGGUGUGCAAUUUUCUCCCACCUCCUAUCCUCGCCAUUGUAUCACUGCCAGUCUCCGCUCUCGUACAGACGAUAAGAAUGUGGUUUUCGUGAGAAGCAGGACAAACGGUGUAGCCUAAUCAUAAUUAUCUGACACUUUGGCGCUGUUUGGGAUAUCGAUAUACCAAUGCUUUAUUUUCAAGUUCCGGAGUACCUAGACGUGUUUCUGUCUUCCAUUUCAGAAAGCACAGACGAAGAGGUUUUUUCCAGACAUGGAAUGCGUUCUGGACAGAGAACAAGUGAUUUGACCCUGUGAUUGUAAGGUCAAGCAAGCACCUUGUGUAAAGUUAGCACUGUUCAGGUGACCUGGGGAUGGGGCUGAAUAAACAUCCAAAAUCCAGACUAAGAUAUAUGUUUGGUAAAGGGGCAAAGCGGAAACUGGACCAGGAUGAAGAGGGUCUGGAAGGCAAAGCGCUGGCGGCCGCAGCCCCGGACGGCUUGUCCAAGGUGUCCUACACCCUGCAGAGACAGACCAUCUUCAACAUCUCCCUCAUGAAGCUCUAUAACCAGCGGCCGCUCCGCGAGCCAGCCCUGGAGCGCAGGGUGCUCAUCAACAACAUGCUCCGACGCAUCCAGGAAGAGCUCAAACAGGAAGGCUCUCUGCGGCCCCUCCUCCUGCCACCCUCGCCGCCGCCGGACGACCCCAUGGACGAGGGCUUCCGCGAAGCCUCGCCCUCUUUCGGGGGGCUGUCGUUGGUGGCGUCCACGCCCUUCUCCCAGCAGUCUUCGGUGUUGUCGCCGGCGACGCCGUUUUCGCCACACCCCCUGACUCCACCCACCUGUCAGUCAGUCCAAUCAGGGCCCGCCACGCUGGAGUCCUGCCUCACGCCUGCCUCGCUAUUGGAGGAAGACGGCGAUGCCUCCUUUUGCACUUCCACCCCUCCAACCCCUCCCCUUUCCCCCUCCCCUCCUCCCGGCCCUCUCCCAAACCAGGUAUCCUCCAGGGUCCCUGUGCCUGCCAUACACAGAGACACUUUUUCCUUGUCCCUGAACGACAAAGAAGAUUUAUGCCCACCCUUGACUGUACCAAGCGCAGUGGCGGAUACUACUCACACCACUUCUACCUCCCUCACAGCGGCACUCACACAGCCCCCACAACUGCCCCCACAACUGCCCCCCUUGCAAUCCACCAUCUGUCCAACGACACAACCCAAAGACUGUACGAAAACGGGGAGUCCAAAAGGAGAGAGGCAGGUUGUCCUCGCCGACGGCCGUGGUCCUGAGGCCAAACAGACAACGAAUGGUCUCCCUGCGCCGCCCUCUAGUGGCCUAAUGGACGUAAGCUCCUCCCCUUCCUCCUCCGUAAGCUCCUCCCCUUCCUCCUCGUCGGGGUUCCUGUCCGACCUGGCACUCGACGACAUCCUGUUCGCCGAUAUCGACACCUCCAUGUAUGACUUUGACCCCUGCACGACCUCUGCCUCCGCCCCUGGGGUCGGCCUGUCCAAACUGUCGCCCAUGGUGACCGCGGACGACCUCCUCAAGACUCUGUCGUCCCCUUACAGUGGCCCCGCCCCCCAGGUCACACCCAAUCAGCCUUUUAAAAUCGACCUGAGCGAACUGGACCACAUCAUGGAGGUUCUGGUGGGGUCGUGACCCCCCCCAGAUCUGACUAGCGGUGCUCAACACGUCUCUUUAGAGAACUUUACGGUUGCUGUUUUGUACAGUUUUUCAAAAUGAACGAUCCGACGUCCGAUCGACGGUGAGGUCACAGAGUACUACUGCUACUUGCACAACGCUGUGCAUGCUCUGGGCUUGUCUUUCAAACAGGGGAAACACACAUACACACACAUACACACACACACACACACACAGACACACACAAAACGGCUUUCAGCAAAUUUGAGUGCCUUCAUCAUAUGCGACCAUUUGCUAAACUUUAACUGUGUAUUUUAUAACUGUUGUCUCUUUUCACUGUAAAACAUGGAUGUUAGGACUGUUUUAAAUGUAUCUGAUUUUACUGAUUUACAGAUAAUUACUGAUUAGAAAAUAAUAGGUAUUGAUUGUUGUUUAACUUAUAUCCCUCUGCAAGUGUUACUUUAUAAAAGAAAAGCAAGCACAGACCUUUUAGCGAGAUCUCUGUUUUACCCGUGUGUAGCAAUAUUGUUUUUUUUUGUUUUUUUUAUGCUUCAUGAUCAAUUGAAUUUGUUUCUGUUUACCCCUUGUGGGUUAUAGUUCCGUCUGAACUCUGAAUUCCAUGAACAGCUUUACUCGAUGAUGUCACAGUGUAAACACUGACCUGAGCAUUUCUGUCGGACAGUCAAAGAAACAAACCAGAUCUCAGAUCCACUCUUACUCCCCACACGCUCCGCUUGGGGAUCACUCUCAACAGUGAUGUUUGAUCAAAGAUGUUAACAGGAAAACGUUGCAUAUUAACUACAAAAUCAACCAAACUACAGGGACUACAAGUUUCUAGGACACAGGCAUCAAAACAUCUGAUCGCCGCUAUGCUGCACAGCAAGUGCACUAAUAGUUACUAUGCAUGCUUGUGCACAAAUCCUCCAGCCUCCAAAAUGGCAGCCAAUCAAACUCACUGGCCAGCUUUAUUCUGAUGUCUUCAUACAAGUGUGUGUAUAUAUUGAAAUCCAUAUCACAAUGUACCAUUCAUAAUUAUGAGAUUAUGGGCUGCCAAUGUUGAUUUGACCGGCUGCCAAUGUUGAUUUGACUGGCAUCUGUUCCUUCGGUGACACGCAAGCCUUUUCCCCCUGCAUGAUGAGUUUCAUACAGUUUGUAUUGUGGAUAACUUACAAUGUUUGACCAAAAUUAUUGUGAUUUCAGUGAAUGCAACAAGCCCUCCAUGUUUUAGUCGUGUUUGUUUUUGCAGAAUGACCGGGACAGGGAGGUGUGUUCUGUGGAGACACUGAAAGCUCCCCUUAGACCCUCUACACUAUCACAUCUCAUCGGUUCCCUCAAGCGAUUAGCUAUUAUUUAUUAUUUAGAUUUAGUUUCACAUGAGUCAGGGGUAGUCGAUGUUUGAAAUACCCGUCUUAAAGGCUAAGCCUAUCUUAGCCUUUGGUGCUUCCUCAAAAGCUAUGAAAGCCUAGGUUUGUUUUUGGGUACAUUUGAAAUAAGACCCCCUUUAAAAGGCAUUGGUUACACCGGCUGGCUCAGGUUUAAUGUGUUCAUGGAUGUCGUCGUGCUGGUUUGCGGUAGUGUUCAGGUAGAGGUAGAGGACGGUACCAUCUCAUGUUAUGAAUUAGUAUUACUAAUAAGAGAUUUAUGAUAUUAUGCAGGUCGUCUUGGAAACUCUGGAGCAGUACUGAGCUGCAGGUAGAUAGACAUGUCAUGUGUUCUCGGUCUGUUCGACGUAUCCAAUCAUUUCCCCCGGAGCUCUCACUCCACGUAGGCCUCCUGCUGUCGUUGGUCACAUGACCACGUCCGAGGUCAUCGGAACACUCAGGAGGCUGACUCAAGUACACAGGUUCAUCGCUUCGGUUGUUUACAUUUUUGACUGAUCUAUUGAAAUAUUUAAUUUAAUAUAUGAUAUUGAAUUUAAUAUUUAAUAUAAUAUGAAAUUAAAACAAUGAUCAAAAUUGUUGUCCCACUACUAUUGUGCGGUAUUACUAUUGGACUAUAGUAUCUGGACGUUACUUUAGCAGAUUGAACGGACUUGACUAUUUGUUUAUCAGAAGCCUGGUUGUCUUCACAAAUAUGGAGUGAUGUUUCACUUUUUACAUAUACUGGUUUACAAGAAAUGAACUGACAGUGUUUUAGACGUGACUAAGUCUGGAAGCUUAACCAGCUUGACUGGUUUGGUGACUGAGAGUGGGUGACAUGAGGGACCAUGGUUACUGUCCAUCCACACACACGGUCCAUGUUUAACAGCUCUUAUCUGAUUCGCUUCACAUCAUUUGUUUAUAAAAGUAUGCAACCAAAGGUCCUGGGUAGCACCCUUCGCUGGCCACUACUCUGCCUUUACAACUCUGCUUAAGGUAGAUUUAGAAAAACAGUUGUAGUAAAAAAAGAACAAUAAACUCAACAAAAAAAACAAAGCAUUGUUGAAAAGGCAAGACUUUUUGCAUCGUAAUGUACAUAGGUGCUGUAAUGGUGUGUGCAAGCUUUGCACAUUGGUUCCAUGUGAUCAAUCACCUUUGUACAAUUGAGUGUGUUUAGGGCGUUACUGAUGAAAGGAAGAGAUACAGUAGUGGUCCCAUAGCCUUGCUGCAGUGCCACCAUGUAACGUGAAAGUUGCAAUCUACGAUUAUACAUAUUUCCUACUGGAAGAAAUUGUAUUUGAGCCCAUCUCCCACAUGGUUGGUGUGACUGAUUAUGGGUACUUGGAGAGAGACAGGGUGGGUGUCUUGUUCAUAACCUUUAAUUAUUAUCUUUGGAAUUUUGGAGUGAUAAGUUUCUUAUCAGAGUUAUUUAUUCUCAGUUUUGUUUUCCUGUGUAAAUAUAUUUAUUUUGUUGUUGGAAGUUAUUUUUUUUGGGGGGGGGGGUUGUAAAUGUGUGUCGUAGGAUUGUCCUCUGCAGGUAGGAAUGUAGUCUGGGUGGGAAGCCAUGUUUGGGUCUCGUUUUCAUUUAUUUUGUUUGCUUAUUCAGGGUGGCGGCUUGACCCACAAGGUGCCCGCACCCUAAUAUAAUCUUUAUUUACAUAUUUUAAUUUUCUGCUUGUGUGAAAGUGACAGUUCAAGCAGCAAUACUACAAACUCUCAAACUUCCGACGUCGAGACUCCAAAGCCAGUCGUCAGACUUUCAAUGCCAGAAUUCCCGCACACAACACACGACUCAUCUCACACUCUGGAUUUUGAUCAGUUUGACAUGAAUGCCAGUUUAUCAAUGUCUUCAACCUGUUAAGUUCGGCCCAGCCAUAUGAAGGUGUUUGGGUUAAAGGGUGGUUGUCUGUUCACUGGGAAACGUGUAGAGCAGUCGAUGUAGAUCCUCCCCCCCCUCCCCUGUCC